AUGCUCCGCGAUUUCAAAUUUAUCCUGCUGCUACUCUUAGUGAGCACCCUGGUUUUUGCUGAAAGCCAUUCGAAAUAUGGAAAAUUGGAAGAACUCUUGAAAACUCUCGGUAAACGAUACACGAAUAGUGGCGUGUUCAGAGACGCUAUUCUGUUUAGUCAAAAGCAAAUGAGAAAUUGGAUGAAUGAACCGGAUGACUAUAUAGCUAAGGUGAAACUGGAAACCGCUGAGCUAAUUACUCAACAUAUCCGCUGGCAAUCUUCUGUUAGAGAUAAUCUAUGGAGGGAUCAUGCUGCUAUUUUGAUGGAACUACAGGACGAUAGAAUGACUGCAGAAGUAUGUGGAGCAAAGGAAGAACUUAAUAAAGUCAAAUUCAAUAGUCAUUUGAAACGUCUCCGCGGAUCUUUCGACAGUAUUCAAGACAAUGCACAGUAUUCUUUUGAGGUGGAACCAACGGCUAAAGAUGUAUUGGACAUGAUUUCUAGAGUCGAAGUCAAAUCUCAGUGGGGGUAUACAAUUACUCAAAUUUGGAAUAUUCAUGCAAAACUUCAAUGUCGCGAAGGCGAGUGUGUCUAUAGAUUUUUCCAUAUUAAACUAGGCGGUGGCUGCACAGAACACGGUAUCGUGAACCACAACUACACUGAAAUGAACAAUCGAAAGGAGGCUUUGAAACAACUAAAAGAAGGAACCAACACGGAUGUUUUAAAUCUUUUUCAACUUUUCACGCCAGGACCAAUGAAGUUUCGAGACCAGGACAAAAACGAGCUCCCAUAUGUUUGGCUGAAAGGAUUAGACACGAUUGCAGACUCUUUGAAAAUUUACGUUUGUCAUGAAAACGAGGACUCUCCGAGUUAUACCAGAGAACAAUUUCGAUCUUGGUACGAAAGAUUCAUGCAGAUGUGGCAUCCAAAAAAUGGCGAUACCGACUAUUUGAGUAUGCAAGUUCUAAAUGUAAAACCCAAUGAGAUAGUGGCAAGAAUCACGAUGAGACUUCAAAUUGGGAUAGAUGAGAAUGCGACGACACACGAGUGGAAUAUGAAAGUUGCUACCAAAUUUAACGAACACGCCGACAACAAAUGGUACAUCACCCGAGUCGAAGUGCUAUGUCAGCCUGAUAUUCGCCUAAUGGACGAACAGUAUCUAGUGUAUCGAGAUAUGGUUGGUGCCACAUUCAUGUCAUACAUCAAAGAUGCCGAUGAGUGGUAUACUGCCGUUGAUUUUGGAAAACACUUCAGAAAAGAAGGCGUCGAAUUGACAAGUUGUGAUACGAGAGACAAGAUGGAUCAGUUCUACUAUAUUUAUAAGAUGAAUCUCGACUGUCCUCGUUGGAUGGAAACGUCCGGUGAAUGGAUUAUGAGCCCUAUCAUUUGGCAGAAACAUUCGUGGAUUCGAUUUGGAAAGAAGUGA